AUGUUAGUUUCACCUGAAAAUUUUGGAAUAGUUGAACCUGGUAUAUACAGAUGUUCAAAAUUAGAAAUUGAAAAUUUUCAAUUCCUUGAAACACUCUUACUAAAAUCAAUUAUAUCAUUAGAUGCUGAAAAACCUCCAAGAAUGUUACAAAAUUUCUUACAAACAAACAAGAUAGAAUUAUAUAAUUUAGGAGAUUUAAAAAUUUCAAAUCAUCAACAUACUGGAUUAAAUUCUAAAAUAGAUUUAGAUGAAUUUGAUAAUGAUUCUAGAAAUAAGAAUGAUGAUACAAUAUCUCAAAGUUCUAAAAGUUCAACAACUUCUUCUUCAACUUUAACUAAUAAAGAUUCAAUAAUCACCACUAAAUCUAUAAGUUUAAAAAGUAAAGAGAAUAAAAAUAAUGGAGGAGAUCAAUGGAUGUUAAUUGAAAAAAAUAUAAUAAUAAAAACAUUUGAAUUAAUUUUUAAUAAUAAAAAACAUCCAAUUUUAUUAAUUGAUUCAACUUCAACAAUUGUUGGAAUAUUAAGAAAAAUUCAAAAAUGGAAUUUUAAUCUGAUAUUAAAUGAAUAUAGAAUUUUUAAUGGUAAUAGUAAUAAAAAUAAUUAUUUUGCUGAAACUUUUUUAGAAUUAAUUUCAAUUGAAUUAAUUCCUAAUGAAUCUCGGAAAUCAAAAAGUCCUUUUGGAAGUAGAAGAAAUUCAAUUAAAAACUUAAAUAAUCCAGGUAGAAAUAUAUCUGGGCCUUCACAAUUACAACAAUUAAUGAAAAGUCCUAAUUUUGAUGACUCCAAAGAUUCAAAUCAAGAUAAUAAAUUAAAUUUAAAUGAAAUUGAUGAAAAACUACGGGGACAAGUAAUAGAAGAUUCGAAUACUGGUGGUGACACAGAAAUAGAUGAAGAUGAAGGAUUUGAAGAUGAUAUAGAUGAAGCAAUAGAUGAUGAUUAUGAUAGUUUAGAUGAUAUGGAUGAUUUAGAUGAUGAUUUAGAUGAUGAUUUAUUAUCUGCAUCACCACAAAUUCCAGCAAAUUUAUUAAAAUUUGUUGAACAAAGAAAACAAGAUAAACAACAACAACAACAAUUACAAUCACAAGAUAUAUCAAAUCCAAAUUCAAGAAAUAAUUCAAUAGAUUCUAAUUCAAAAAAUUUAGGUAGUUCACCGAAACUAAUAAUACAAAACAGCAAUAGUCGAAGUAAUAGUGGACCAAAUAGUAGAAAUAAUAGUUUAAAUACUCCAGAUUCUUAUUUAAAUUUAGUUAGAGGAAUGGAUAGAAGAAAAUCAUCAGGAGAUAUAAUAAAAACAAAUUUAAAAUUUAGAAAUUCAAGUAUAAGUUCAGAAUCAUCACUGUCAAAAAAUUUUCCAAAAUUAUCAUCUUUAGAAAGUACUUCACCAAUUUUAAAAAAGAAAAAUUCCUAUUGUUCAAGAAGAAGUUCAUCAAAUAAUAUAAGUCCUAAUGAAGAAACCACUACUAAUGUUACAAAACCAAAAGAUUAUAAAUAUUAUAAAAAUUUAAAUAAAUAUCCUAUUAAAUUUGAAGAUAUUAAUACUAUUAAAUUAAAAUUACCACCUGAAUAUAGAUUACCUGAAUGGUUUAUUAAAAAUAGGGAUAUGUGGGAAUAUAAUUAUAGAAUUUUAAAUCAAGAUGAUUAA